AUGGAGCGCAUCCAAUGCGACAUGGCAAAUGUUUUCCAGCACCCAAAUCAGCUCCAGGGCACAGUUUCAGAGGGUUUCGGGACCUCUACCGGUUCAGCUGGCCAAGAAAGCCACAUUGCAGAUAGUACUAUCUGCUCGUCCUCGGCAUCAGCUCUCGAAGCAUUAGCGUUUACAGCAUCCCAGCACCAAGAGUCGACUGGAGGCCAUGCUGAUGCUCCUGAUAAGGUCAACCCUGUUUGCGGGCUCACAUUGCCCCGCGUGGCGGGGCAACCACUGUUGGACCGCUACCCCAUAAGAUUGUGUCGCAUCUAUUCGGCCGAAAUAAGCCUUCGGCAAAGAAGUCUCCAGAUUCUGCCUGGGCUUGAUACUGCCGGAGUCUUUAUCGCGGGAGGGCUUCGCCAUCGAUUCAAUUCGAUCUCCUCUUGA